UGACAAAGAAAACUCAGUCAGAUUUAAAUGUUCACGAUUGCUCCAAAGGAAAAGGGCGUUAAGUUUUCAGAAGGAGUUCUCAUUUGAAGAUAAAGAAGAACUUGCAAACAGCACAAAGGAUAUUGAUGCUAAUCUCUUAGCAGUACUUCCAAAAGUUUCAGAAUUAAGAAAACUGUUUGAACCAAACAACCAAGAUUUUUUGGAAAUGAAAAGGAAAGAGAGAAUAGCUAGACGUUUAGAGGGAAUUGAAAAUGACACACAACCUAUGCUUCUACAAAACUGUCCAGGAUCAGUCACACACCGUUUACUAGAGGAAGAUACACCAAGAUAUAUGCGUGCAACUGAUCCAUACAGUCCCCACUUAGGAAGAUCAAAUGAAGAGGAGGAAACCUCAGAUUCUGUAGAAAAACAACCCAGAUCAUCCAGAUACCGAGCAGAAAUCACAGGAGGUAACACAGAGCCCUUGUAUAGUACAGGAAACAUGGAUGUCCAGGAACUGGAGUCAAAAGCAGAAAGAAUAGCUAGGUACAAGGCAGAGAGGCGACGCCAGCUAGCAGAAAAGUAUGGAUUAUCUCUUGAUUCUGAUUUGGAUUCUGACUACUCAUCCAGAUAUACACGGGCAAGGAAAGAUCCUGACAGCGUGGAAAGAAAGACAGUGAAAAGUGAAAGGCAAGAUGAUGAAAACAAGGACUGUGGCUGCCUGUAUUUGUCCAGAACUGAGACAAGGGAGUCAAAGAGUGGGAUUUCUGAAUCCAAAGAGUACUCCAGCCAUGAAAAAGAUGGUGUUCCAGAUAAAGAAGACCUCUCAAAUGAAAAGAGUGUUAGGAAAGCAGAUGAUGACAGUGCCAUUAGACAGGCUUCUGACCCUUCAGCAACCUUGGAUAGUUCUGUCUCCCUUUCACUUUCUGCACAAGAAUCUUCCUCCUAUAAUGAAGUGCCAACACCACCAAAGCAAACUCCCAGAGAGUCCCUUUCUUCACCAAAGCGGGCAGCCUCACCAAUCCAUUUGCAGAAUGACCAGCCCUUGCACAGUAACAUCCGACAAAGUAGUGCAGGGAAAGCAAAACCUGAAUGGUUUCUUCAGAAAGAUUCAGAAGGGGACACACCUUCACUUAUCAGCUGGCCCUCCAGAGUAAAGGUUAGAGAGAAACUGGUGAAAGAGGAAAGUGCUCGUGGAAGCCCUGAACUUCUCACAGACACAGUAUCUCAGAGAAAAUCCCAUCCAGUGCCAGCCCACUACAUGCCUCUUCAGACAGAAACGUCUGCCUUUGAUAGGGUUGUAAAUCAGCCCGUCAGUACAGUCCGCCAACCAAUACAUGGCUAUAUUCAGCCUGCUGGCAUUGCUCACACAGCUCAGCUGAUGGCAACAGAAGAACCAGCAAAUGCUUCUGUUGGUAGCCUCCUCCUAGGAGACAAUGUUAGCCUCUUAGCAAAAUCGUCAGCAGCUGCUGCGUCAGAGAGUGAAAAGAAAGAGGCACUUGGUUACGGAGCAAAGCCCGAUGAAGAAGAUUCCUUGGAGGGUGAACAGACUUCCAAAAGCAGAAGACCAAUUUUGCCAUCUGAGAUUCGCAAGCAAGGGAAGACCCACGAAGGCUUCUUUGGAGGAGGAGAACUGGAUACCCCUGCAGGGAGUUCCUCUUUCACAAGCAAGCUGAAAGUUAACUCGGAGGUUCAGCGAGAGCUGGAGUGCAAUAAGAAGCAAGCUUCUGAGCAGCAGUUUAAGACCCCUGAGAACGUAGAAAGGAGUGAAGCUGUUAUGUACAUACAGAGUGGGUCUGUAUCGCAGCCUGCCAAGGCAAAAGCUCCUGUUUGGAAAGUGUCGACAGCAAAGCAUAAAGUCCUGACUCGCUCAAUGUCUGACUAUACUGUGGCUCCUAAGCUAGAAGCUUUUAAAAGUAAGGAGAGCGUGGAAGCAAAUGCACCAAACGGUGAGAUUGGCAUGGUUGACACAAAAGUCUCUGUUGCCCAGCUCCGUAAUGUCUUUCUGGAGACUGCUAAUGCCAACAAGAAAACGGAACUUCAAUCUCGGUUUGAGAUGUCAACGACAGGUAGCGCUUUGUCUGCUAAUGCUAACGGUGAAAGAGGGCCACGAAGGCCGAGGCGCUAUUUUUCUCCUGGUGAAAAUAGAAAGACUUCUGAGAGAUUUAAAACUCAACCUAUAACAUCAGCAGAACGAAAGGAGACAGAUAGGUCAAUUUUGAAUGCAGAAAUACCAACUGCUGAAGAUGAAGAAAAAAUGGAUGACCGAGCCAAACUAAGUGUAGCUGCAAAGAGGCUGCUUUUUAGAGAAAUGGAAAAAUCGUUUGAAUUGAAAAAUAUUCCUAAACCACCUACAAGAAGUUCCGCGGUAGAGAGGAGACUGCGUCGUUUGCAGGAUAGAUCUCACACGCAACCGAUUACCAGUGAGGAAGUGGUCAUUGCAGCUACUGAAUCUACCCCUGCUUCACGUUCUGUGAAUACCCACACAGUAGUGACAAGAGUACCUAGUCCCACUGUAGUUAAGAGCACUGUACAACCUAUCAGCUUGCAGGCAUCAGCACACCAAAAAAUUUUAGCUAAAGAGGAGAUAAGAGCAGCCAAAGAGGCGAUGGGGCAAGAUCAGUCUGAGGAACCAGAUUCUUCUACCUUAAGUUUGGCAGAAAAGAUGGCUUUGUUUAACAAACUGUCUCAGCCAGUAUCCAGGGCCAUCUCCACAAGGAGUCGAGGGGACAUUAGGCACAGAAGAAUGAACGCUCGUUACCAGACUCAGCCAGUUACUCUUGGAGAAGUGGAGCAGAUGCAAUGGAAAAAGAGUAAACUGGUACAAAAUGAAAGUGGAAAAAUUACUCCCCUGUCAACUGCAGUUGCAACCUCGGUUUCAACGAUGGCAUCUGUCCUUUCUCCGUUGUUUGCUGGAGACCUACACACAAAGCCAGCUGGUGAUGGGAGCGUGAGUGCUGCUGCUGCUAGAGCUGAUCUGAGAUUCCACCCUUCUGCAGAGAACUCAGACUCUUCAGGAAAACGCACACAGAAGUCAGAACAGUGGCAACCCUCAAUGGAAGUGCUAGAAAGCAAAAGAGCAUCAAAGAAGUGCGAAGAGGACAAAAGAAGGCUUCCAGCACAUGAAGCUAAUGAAAUUACAAAGUACAGCUCCUUUGAGGAGGAAACCACACAUCCUGUUCCUGAAAAAACAGGAGACUACCAUAAAGAGAAAACAUACAGCUUCCUGAGGAAGGGCAGCACGGAACUGUUUAGUUCACAGGCACUUUUUCCGUCUCUUGAACAGAAGGAAAUUGAUACUGGCAUGCAAGGUAAAUGGGAACUCAAAGAAGGCCAGUCCUUUGAAGAAAAGAUGAAUUUGGGAAGUGUUAUGAGAAGCAAGGCUUUGCAAAGAGACCAUGCUGAGCCUACUCCUGAACUCACCAGCACAUCAGCAAUGAGGACAGUUUCACAAGCUGCAGCUGUGGCAUCCUGUAGACUGCAGGAGCUCUCCGAGCAACUGGAAGGCAAAUUUUACAAGAAUUCCUGUGAGAUGUUUUCCAUUGGAGAGAACAAAGCACAAACAACUGAGGAUGUCCUUGAUAAUUCCAGCAAAACUAUGUCAAUUAAGGAAAGGUUGGCAUUGCUGAAGAAGAGUGGUGAAGAAGAUUGGAAGAGCAGGCUUGGCAAAAAGCAGGAGUAUGCAAAAGUGUCUGUCACUGAUCGUAGCGCACAGAUGCAAGAGGUUGAGCAGCUGUUGAAGAAGGAACCUGUAUAUGCUUCUACUUACUCUCCUGUUAUACCUGCUCUCCAUAAAUUUCAUCCUUUUCUACCUAUUAAUCAGGUCGGUAGUACUAGUUUGAAAGAGUCAAGUUCACUGAUUUCUGAUGAACGUCAUCCUUGGAGAUGGAAGCAGAGAAUGGUAGAUAACCAGGAGAGCCAGAUGACUAUUGAAGAAAGGAAACACCUGAUUACAGCCCGAGAAGAAGCCUGGAAAUCCAAGGGUAAAGGAGCAGCCAACGACUCCACGCAGUUCACCGUAGCGGGCCGAAUGGUGAAAAAAGGCCUGGCUUCUCCAAGUGCGCUAACACCUCUGGCAUCCCCUUUCAGUAACCGGCAGAAGUCUACAACUCCAGUUACAAAGCCCUUGGAAGAAAUUGAAGCCAGACCUGAUAUGCAAUUGGAGUCUGAUAUGAAGCUUGACAAGUUGGAGUCAUUCUUGGGAAGACUGAAUAACAAAGUUGCUGGAAUGCAAGAGACAGUGCUGACAGUUACAGGAAAGUCUGUGAAAGAGGUGAUGAAGCUGGAUGAUGAUGAAACGUUUUCCAAAUUUUAUCGCCAUGUGGACUUCCCUUCCUCCUCAGUGCCUUUGGACCUGGAUGAGGACUUUGAUGCCAUCUUUGAUCCAUAUGCACCAAAGUUGAUAUCUUCUGUAGCAGAGCACAAGCGUGCAGUCAGGCCUACGCGCAGAGUCCAGUCCUCAAGAAACCCCCUGAAAAUGCUGGCAGCAAGAGAAGAUAUCCUUCAUGAGUAUACUGAACAGAGACUGAACGUUGCCUUCAUGGAGUCAAAGCGAAUGAAAGUUGAAAAAAUGUCCACAAACUCAAAUUUCUCAGAAGUAGCACUUGCUGGCCUGGCAAGCAAAGAGAACUUCAGCAACGUUAGCCUGCGGAGUGUUAAUCUUACAGAGCAAAACUCUAACAACAGUGCUGUGCCAUACAAAAAGCUAAUGCUGCUGCAGAUUAAAGGAAGAAGACAUGUUCAAACAAGAUUAGUUGAACCAAGGGCCUCGUCACUGAACAGUGGAGACUGUUUCCUGUUGUUAACUCCACAUUUAUGUUUCUUAUGGGUAGGAGAGUUUGCAAAUGUCAUAGAAAAAGCAAAGGCUUCAGAACUUGCAACUUUAAUUCAGACAAAGAGGGAACUUGGCUGUAGAGCUUCUUAUAUACAGACUAUAGAAGAAGGAAUAAAUACCCAUACCCAUGCAGCCAAAGACUUCUGGAAACUCCUUGGUGGACAGACAAAUUACCAGUCUGCUGGAAGUCCUGAAGAAGAUGAAAUGUAUGAAGCUGCAAUUAUAGAAACAAAUUGCAUUUACCGCCUUGUAGAGGAUAAACUCAUUCCUGAGGAUGACUACUGGGGAAAGGUGCCAAAAUGUACCCUGCUACAACCAAAAGAGGUGCUGGUGUUUGAUUUUGGCAGUGAAGUAUAUGUAUGGCAUGGAAAAGAAGUUACUUUAGCACAAAGAAAAGUGGCGUUUCAGCUGGCAAAACACUUGUGGAAUGGCACCUUUGAUUACUCCAAUUGUGACAUAAAUCCUCUGGACCCAGGGGAAUGCAAUCCCCUCAUACCCAGAAAGGGACAAGGACGCCCAGACUGGGCUGUGUUUGGCAGACUCACAGAACAUAACGAGACAAUACUGUUCAAAGAAAAAUUUCUUGACUGGACAGAGCUGAAGAAACUCAAUGAGAAGAAUUCUAGUGAAUCCCUUCACCAGAAGGAAGAAUCCAGAUCUGAUUCUAAACCAUAUGACGUAAUGCUAAUGGUGGCUGUGCCCCAAACAACUGUAGGCACAGUCUUGGAUGGAAUGAAUAUUGGCCGGGGCUAUGGACUUGUAGAAGGAGAAGAUGGGAGGCAGUUUGAAAUUAUCACUGCGUCCGUGGAUGUCUGGCACAUCCUGGAAUUCGAUUAUAGUCGACUGCCUAAGCAAAGCAUAGGGCAGUUCCACGAGGGAGACACGUAUGUGGUGAAGUGGAAGUACAUGGUGAGCACUACAGUUGGAAGCAGGCAAAAAGGAGAGCAACAAGUAAGAGCUGUUGGAAAAGAGAAAUGCGUGUAUUUCUUUUGGCAAGGAAGGCACUCCACAGUGAGCGAGAAAGGAACAUCGGCACUGAUGACAGUGGAACUUGAUGAAGAGAGAGGAGCACAGGUACAAGUGCUCCAAGGAAAAGAACCGCCGUGCUUCCUGCAGUGCUUCCAAGGAGGGAUGAUUGUGCAUGCUGGAAGAAGGGAAGAGGAAGAAGAAAAUGCACAAAGUGACUGGAGGCUAUAUUGCGUGCGAGGAGAAGUUCCCAAUGAAGGAAACUUACUUGAAGUAGCAUGUCACUGCAGCAGCCUGCGUUCCCGGACAUCCAUGAUUGUCCUCAAUAUAAAUAAAGCUCUUAUCUACCUGUGGCAUGGCUGCAAAGCACAAUCUCACACCAAGGAUGUAGGAAGAACAGCAGCCAAUAAAAUAAAAGAACAAUGUCCGUUGGAGGCAGGGCUGCACAGCAGCAGCAAGGUGACGAUACAUGAAUGUGAUGAAGGAUCAGAGCCCUUGGGAUUCUGGGACGCCUUAGGAAGGAGGGAUCGAAAAGCCUAUGACUGCAUGUUGCAAGAUCCUGGAAAGUUUAAUUUCACCCCCCGCCUGUUCAGUCUCAGUAGUUCAUCAGGAGAAUUCUCAGCCACCGAGUACGUUUACCCUUCAAGAGACCCUGCUGUCAUCAAUUCUAUGCCAUUCUUGCAAGAGGAUCUUUACACUGCCCCACAGCCAGCACUGUUCCUUGUCGACAAUCACCAUGAAGUGUACCUGUGGCAAGGCUGGUGGCCUGUGGAAAACAAAAUUGCUGGAUCAGCUCGGAUCAGAUGGGCUACAGACAGGAAAUGCGCCAUGGAGACUGUUCUCCAGUACUGCAAAG